UUGCCUCAGCAGCUCACACCUCCGCACACCAACACCACCAAAAUGGCCUUCACUGGAAGAUGGGAAACUGAGACCCAGGAGGGAUAUGAUGCUUUCUGCAAGCUGCUUGGUAUCCCAGAUGACAUUAUCGAGAAAGGCCGUGACUACAAACUGAUCACAGAGGUCACCCAGGAUGGCGAUACCUUCACCUGGACCCAGCUCUACCCAGCAAACGCCAAGGUCACCAACACAUUCACCAUCGGCAAGGAGUGCGACAUGGAGACCAUCGGAGGAAAGAAAUUCAAGGCCACAGUGAACAUGGAAGGAGGCAAGCUGAGCACAGCCUUCCCCAACUACCACCACACCACUGAGAUCAGCGGAGGCAAGCUCGUCGAGACCUCCAAAGCCGGCUCUGUAGUGCUGAAGAGAACCAGCAAGAAGAUCUAA